AUGUCAGGCACAGCAUCAUUCCUCGCACUCGAAGGCCUCCAUGUUUUCAUCACUGGAGCGGCUGGAGGCAUUGGGAGCCAAGCGGUGAGGGAGUUUUUGUCCCAAGGCUGCAAGGUUACAGCUCACGACCGCAAACCCAUUGAUCGCCCUCCUUCGACCACCGAUGACACCCUCCACAUAGUCCAAGGAGAUAUAUCGAACGAGGUUUCCAUCAAGACAUGCAUGAAGAGUGCCCGUGACCACCAUGGUCCAAUAAAUGUAUUAGUAGCCAAUGCCGGUAUCACGGAUGAGAGCCAUGAGUAUCCCAUUUGGGAGAUACCCUUGGAGCUUUGGCAGGAGGUAUACAAUGUCAAUAUCCGAGGCACCUUCCUUACUAUCAAACACUUUCUACAGUCGGCCGCGAUAUGCCAAAAAGAAAUUGGCAAGGAGUUGGAAAACCUUGCCAUUGUGGUCACGGGUAGCGAGACUGGGAAAUUUGGUCAAGCAGGUCAUACCGAGUAUGCCUCAGGCAAAGCCGGCUUGCAGUACGGGCUUGUGCGUGGGGUCAAGAACGAGAUCGUUCGGCUGAACAGUAAAGCGAGGAUCAAUGCCGUUGCUCCUGGCUGGGUCGACACGCCACUGAUCGAAGGAAGACUUGACGACGCGAAGGAAAUGUGGGCAGAGGCACAAGCUACCGUACCCCUUCGGAAAAUUGCCAAACCGGAAGACAUCGCAUGUGCCAUGGCUUUCCUUGCCUCACAUCGCGCAGCGGGACACAUCUCUGGCGAGUGUAUUAGUGUCGACGGAGGAAUGGAAGGCAGAUUGAUCUGGAAAGAGCCAGAGGGGUCAGACGCUGUAAAGCAUCACGAACCGACGUCGAACGCAGCAACCUCAUUAUCAGCGGCGCAAAUGAAACAGGGUCCAUCAGCGGUAAUCCCACCGCCUCCAAAGCGGAGAGUGCAAGUAGCGCUUUCCGUGGAUUUCGAUGCUAUAUCAGGUCUUCUGGGCACAGGCAAAGAUGACGCUAAUAAUAAAGCGGAUUACUCGCAAGGAUUCUUCGCCGGUAAUAUCGGAGUGACUCGCUUGGUAAAGCUGUUUAAGAAGCAUGACGUUGCUGACAAGGUGACUUGGUUCCUACCGGGGCAUUCUAUGGAAACAUUCCCUGAGGCUACUAAAGCUAUCAAGGAUUCUGGUUGCGAGAUUGCUUUGCACGGAUAUUCGCACGAGGGCGCGUAUCAAAUGACCGAGCAGCAAGAAAAAGACGUCCUUGAGAAGUGCAUUGAUUUAGCUACAAAGCUGACAGGGAAGAAACCUGUCGGCUACCGAGCUCCAUUGUACCAAAUACGCGAAUCAACGAUAAAGCUCCUCGUAGAGCACGGCUUCUCUUACGACACGUCUCUCUGUGCCCACGAUUCCCAGCCAUAUCUUGCUCCCAUUGACACCCAAAUCCAACCUCCCGACUUCUCCAAACCCGCUGCAACCUGGAUGCACCCCACCCCCAUCCCAACCUCCACAGCUACCGCCACCUCCCUCGUCGAGAUUCCAUGUAACUGGUACAUGGAAGACAUGACGCCUCUCUCCCUACUUGCCGCACGUCCAAAACUCCCAUGGCUACGUUGA